CAACAGGAAAUUUCGUAAAAGUGAUGUCGUGUUGUUGACGCUUGUCACCGUUUGUUCUACAGCAUCGAUUUUCUCUGUCGUAUCGAUAUGGCGGUUUCAACAAGUCAGAAGAUCACCUUGAUUUCUUGCAUCGUCCUCUGUAUGUCUUUAUUUCUACCCAAAUUAUUUUUACCCAGAGUGAAGAAAGAAACAGCGCAGUCGGAGGUUGGACCAGGACAUUUUCCUCCCCCACGACACAGACAUUCAUUCUCUGAAGAUCAUGAUCACUGGGAUACAGAAUCUCAUUACAUCAAGCAUUACAGCCCAGAGGCCAUUGCCAGAGCCAAAGGUGUUGGCAAGCCGAAUCUCCUGGGCCAAGUCAUCCCCGUCUAUGGCUUUGGGAUUUUCCUUUAUAUCAUCUACUUGUUCUUUAAACUGACCUCUAAGGACAAACCUCAUCGACAAGGGUGCAGAUUCCCUAUGCUGCAGUCAGAAUACACAUUUGAGGAGAUGCCUACUUGUCAGCUGGUGCAGAUGCAGGCCAGAAUGAGUGAAAAAGGCAGAGAAAAGAGAAUAUCUAAAGUUGUCCACCCAUCUGCCAGGUCACGCAGGGGCACACGGAGGCGUGAGGAGAGAAAGCUCAAACAGUUGAAGGAGAUCACCCAAAUGAUGCGGGAGAGACAGUUGCGAGAGGAAGCUUCACCAGAGGAGGAGGCCGAGGAGGCCCCCUACACUGCAGACUGGGAAGGCUAUCCAGAGGAGACCUACCCAGAGUAUGACAUGACCUCCCGCAGACGCAGAUUUCCUAGUGUUAUACUUGAAGAACCAGACCAAGUCAUACUCACAGCAGAGGAGCUUGCUGAGAGAAUGGAGAAGGAAGAAGAGGAGGAAGAGGAUGAGCCUGAUGAUGCGUGUACUAAUGAGGAGGUGAAAGUGGAGAAUAAUGAAGGAGAAAAUGAAGAGGACGACAAAGAAGAAGAGGAAUAUGAAGAGGAGGAGGAGGAGGAGGAGGAGGAAGAUGAAGACGAGAUUAGAGAAGACCAGCCCUGUCUUCCUAAAAGUAUUGAUGAGGAUGAUGAGAAACUCGAGUACCCAGGUGAAAACGAAGAGGAACAGAAACCAAGCAGAAGACGACAAAUCACCUUUAGCGAUCACAGACACGUCUUCCAUUAUCCAAAGGGUGAAGCUGUUGGCUGCAAGUAUGAGAAAGAGGAGGAAGAAGAACAUGAUGGAGAAGAAGAAGAGGAGGAGGAUGAUGAUGAUGGUGAAGGGAAUGAAGAGGAAGAAAAUGGUGAUGAUGAAGACUGUGAAGAAGAAGAGGAAGAUCAACAUAAUGAAGACGGGCAGAGUGAGACUGAGAAGGAGGAGGAGGAUCCGCUGAUGGAGGCUGAGAGCCUGGGAUUUAAUGAUGAAGUGGAAUGUGAAUCUGAGGAACAGGAAGUAGACCUCCUUGACUUCCUACAAACAUACCAACCUGAGGUAACCAUCAUCUCCAACAAGUCAGAGUCUACCAAAGCUCAAACCUCAGGGACUCUUCGAAUGCGUCACAAGAAACAGAAGGUGAAGAAGUGACCAGCCUGUAAAAAAAAACAAUAGUCUUGUGGUCGUUUACCCUCUAGUUCAAACAUACCUUACUGUGAAUCUUUCUUGCUUUGCUUCAGGAAACUGUUUCUCUGUAACUAUUUAGGCUUUUCUGAGAUUCUGAGAUUUAAUUCAUCUGUUUCCAAGAACAGCUAGAGAACAUUUUAGAAUAUGUUGUGUCAAAAAUAGGCACUUUUAAGACCCUUUUUCCAAAGAAAGUCUUUGCCAAUAAAACAUUUCCGAACAGAAGUGGCUUUGUAUGAAC